AUGAAUACACCGCAGCUAAGUCUCGCGAAUCCAGUGGAUUCUUCCAUGGUAGGAAGUGAAGGUAGUCUACUGACCGAGCCCCGAAAGUAUUCAGUUGUAAAUCCGCGGAUGUCGAUGGAUGGAGGCUCGAUAUCAAAGUCCAAAGACAUGGGCUACUGCAGCUACGUGCUGCUUGCUCUCUCUUACUUUGUCAUCAUGCUCACGUUUCCAGUUUCAAUUUUUUUCUGCAUCAAGGUGAUAGCAGAAUAUGAACGGGCUGUGCUUUUCCGACUGGGUCGAAUCCUUCCAGGUGGUGCCAGGGGUCCCGGCCUCUUUUUCACUGUUCCUUGCCUCGACAUGAUCCGAAAAGUCGACCUUCGAACUGUCACCUUCGAUGUUCCGCCCCAGGAGGUUCUCACCAAGGACUCCGUCACAGUGGCAGUUGACGCCGUGGUCUACUAUCGAAUCUACAAUCCGGUGGUAGCAAUCACCAACGUUGAGGACGCGGAUCGCUCCACAAGGCUUCUGGCAGCAACCACACUGCGCAACGUCCUCGGCACCAAAAAUCUCUCCGACAUUCUCUCCGAGAGAGACUCCAUCUCUGGCAUGAUGCAGACCAUGCUGGAUGAGGCUACCGACCCAUGGGGAGUGAAAGUGGAGCGAGUUGAGGUAAAAGAUGUGCGUUUGCCAGUUCAGCUUCAACGUGCUAUGGCUGCUGAGGCCGAAGCUACAAGAGAGGCCCGUGCUAAGGUUAUUGCAGCCAGAGGCGAGCAAAAGGCUUCACAGGCCUUGAAGGAAGCAGCAGACGUAUUAAAUGAGUCGCCAUUCGCCAUGCAGCUGCGCUAUUUGCAGACCCUCAGUACUAUUUCGGCAGAGAAGAAUUCUACCAUCAUCUUCCCAAUGCCCGUUGACCUGGUGACCCACUUUAUGCAGGGCAAACCCUCCUCCUCCUCUCUCUCGGCCAUCCUCUCCUCUACUGCUUCCGCUCUCGGCGGUGGUGGUGCCGGAGGAAGUGGUGGUGGUGAUGGUGGAGGUGGAGGUGACUCCUCAGACAGCAGUCGCGCCGCUGCCUCCGCUAGCGACCAUCAUGGAUUCGAUGUUCCUACACUGGCUCGACGACGUCGGAUUGUUGGCGCUGUAACCACCUCACCGGCUGCAGCCAAUGAAGCGUUUGCUGUACCGAAGCAGUUGGCAGACAAGGAAGCAUUACAUUCGGGAAGCUUUGCAGCGGUAUCACCACAACUGGAGAUUUUUGAGGGUCUGAUUCGACGAGAGUCCCCUUCAACGCCUUCACCGUGGUAUUCACUAGCUGAGUGGCAGUAG